UAUAAACAGCUGUGCUUCUGACGGGACAAUCAACUGGACUUUUCGGAACGUGGAGGCCAGUAACUCUGUGCAGAGUGAUCCAACAGAAGCAGAACAGCAACAAACAAUCUCCAUCCUCUCUACAGUCUCACCAUGGAUGCUGCUGAUGCUCUUGUAUGUAAAGUCAAUGAAUGGGUGGAUCUUCAGAAGAAAUGUUCCAGGAAGUUGACCAGCCUGGCGGAUGAGCUGGAGGAAGCGGUGAAAGCUGCCAACGUGACCAAAGUCGUCAGCAGCUCGGUGUCGGUGGGGGGAGCAGCUGCCAUGACGGCGGCGGGCGUGUUAACGCUUUUGACCGGCGGAGCAGCACUGCCUGUACUGGCUGUAGUGGGAGCUGCGGGAGCUGUGGCUUCUGGGACCAGUGCGCUAACCAGUGUUGGUUCUGAUGCUUACAGCGCCAGCAAGUCCAAAGACAUCAUGGAGGAAGCCCAAAAGGUUCUGGAAGAGCUACAGAGUCUACAACAGGAAAUGAAAAACCUCAUGAAGUCGCUGAAACGACAAGCCUCCGGCUUCUAUCACCCUGGUGGUGCUGCUGGUGGUGGAGAUGAUGAUGAUGAUGAUGGCAACGUUAUGGAGUUUUUCAUGAGAUCAAUGGCCAGACAGGAAGGGCUGGAUCUCCCCAGCAGCAUCAUGAUCAGAGCGGUUUUUGGGUUACCGCGUAUCGACAUGUUCAGGAGGAUGAAAGCCAGUGACGUUGUGCUUGCAGGGUGUCUUAUGAUCCUUAGAAGAGUUCUGUUUGCAGCAGCCAAACAAGGAGGGAAGAAAGUGGCUUCUUCUCUGGGGAAAAAAGCAGCUUCAGCAGCAGCUGGAAGUAUUGCAGGAGGAGCAGUCGGGCUUUUGUUUUCUGUUCCUGAGCUGGUUAAUGAUUGCCAAAACCUCGACAACAACGAGACAGAAGCCAGUCAGACUCUGAAGAAAAAUGCAGAGACUGUUCUGACCAGCGCAAAGGAGACGGAGAAAGAACUGCAGAAAAUAAGAGAAGCUCUUAAGAAGUUGGUGAGAAUCAAAUUCAUCAUAGAGAAGGAAAACAGGACCAGAGAUGAGAAGAGAGAGCUGAUCGACCACGCAAUUAAUAACACUCCUUACCCGGAGGUUAAACAGUGGUUGAGAGAAAACGCAGAGUCUGAUGUCUUCUGCCAUCUGGUAAAUCUCACCAAAUUCAUAGCACAAAAGCUGAAUGAGGAAGCAGCGAAGAAGAAGAAGGAUUGGGAGAGGAAGAAGAUUGAGCUGGUCUUCUUGGCUCAUGGAUCGAUUGUGGACUGGAGUCUUCCUGCAAUAUGUCUGAUGCCUCUGCCGUCCAUCACAGACGUCCUGCUGUAUUCUCCCUGGAACUGCCUCCUGUAUCCUGAAGCGGCCUACAGCAUCGCUACAGGAAGCAUCCAGCCUGGCGACCGGCUGUUUGGAUGCACCAAUUCAGACCUAUGUCCUUUUCCUCCAGCAGCCCAUGCAGCAUUUAACCUUCCUCAUAGCUGGAACUCAAUGAGAAACACUGGAUUUCAAUCUGUCCCCGUCAUCAUGGUUAGUCCUGUAGCAAAACUAGGAGACGCUGCGUUUGCAGCUUUCACUGCUCUAGCAGCACAUUUUGGUGAACCAGCAGCCAACCGGUAUCUCAUUCCGUUCCUCGUUCCCUUUAUCGACGAAGUGCCCUUCUUCAUCGUCACGUUGGCCAUGUCUCUGGUGCUCUGUUUCGCAGGAUAUGAAGCCACCGUCCACCUGGCUGCCUGCCUGGGAAAAUCAUCCAGAAAUGCUGUAAUGCAGGAGGAGUAUCUGAGGGGGCAGUACGCCUACACUGUGGACAACACCGGCAUGACCGUUCCAAGAGAAACGAUUAGCUGUAUAUAUCGUCCAGUGUUUACUAUGUUCAGGGCUGUUUUUGGUGACGAGUCUCCAUUCUUUUAAUGAUUGAUCAAGACUUGGAGAACUUGCUGGUCUGAAUCACUUCAGACAGCUUGUACAAAUUGAUCCACUCCUUCAACUUAUAUGUGUAUAUGAGAGUCAUGAUUCUGCAAAACCGCAUUGUGCUGGACCUCCUGACAGCCUCUCAGGGAGCUGUCUGCAGCUCAUCCUGAUGAAGCAGGAACUGGUGGAACUACAGAACUAUGUAAACACUGCCGUCCACGGAUCCCAGCCUCUUGACUUCAUAUCCUGGCUCACCCAUGUGAUUCUUCUUGUGAGACCUCGAAAUGCCCAUAGACCGUUACAUCUGCCCUCUGGAUGGACCUCUGUGAGGAACACUGCAUUUGUAUUUAUCCCUAAGAUCAUGGUUGGUCCUGUAGCAAAAGGAGAUAAAGUGUUUGACCAAUUCACAGUUCCCUUCUUUGUCAUCAGGUUGGCCAUUUCUCUGGUGCUCUUUCUCUAAAUAUUAAGCCAUCGUCCACCUGGACGCCUGUCUUGGAAAAUCACCCAAAAAGGAAAAAAUGCAGGAGGAGAAUCUGAGCCAGCAGUACGCCUACACUGAGGACAACACCGCCAUGACAGUUCCAGUAGAAACAAUCCCUGACGAGACGAAAUCGUGUGUAACAUGUUUAAUUUGGUAUUUGGUGAUUAGUCUUCGUCUUCCUAAAGGCUAAUCCAGACCUGAGGUACGGAAACAGAGAGAGGACAUUUUCCUGUAUUUAUUUUUCUGGACGGUUUUCUCUGGAGAACUGGUUCAUUUCCCAAUGAUUUUUUUUCAAAAUAAGUUAAUUUCCUGUUUCCUAUAUAUUAUUUUUACCAAUGGUUUUGUCAUGAUAAAUUAAUUUUCCGAUGGUUUUCUCAGAGUAAACCUUGAGAAAACAUAGUUUGCCAUUUAACACACAAACACCAGCUGCCUCUCACAAACCAAAACAUCCUGAAUCAAAACCAAGAGGAUCCAAAGUCUGCAGUUCUAAAUCGGACCUCUAACGUCGGCUGAGGACUGAGCUCCAAUAUUCAAGACAAAGAGGAAGACGGGGAGUCUUCCUGUGUGAAGAGGACGACAGUCAUCAGUUGGUAACAGAGGAAUCAGAGAAACCCUCAGAGGAUGGCAGCCUGAACCAUCACACACACUUCCUGCUCCAUCACACACACUCCCUGUUGGACCUCAACUCUUCAUCACUUCUUGUCCUGCAGCUCUGAUUUUGCUCCAUCAGUUUCAGACUUAUGGAAAUUUAUUUAGAUAGAAUUUAUUUUGUAUUUUGACCAUUUGAUUCAAUAUUUUUUCCUGAUUUCUGCUGCUGCAUCAAGCUGUAACCGACUCUUGCAGAAUAAUUUCUUACUAAUAAAAAUCAACCAUGAAAAAUCUAAAAGAUUGUGUUGACAUUGAACUUACUGAGUCAUGAAGUUUAGCUGAAACUAAUGAUUGUUUUAAUAAUCAAUUGUUCUGUCUUUUACUCUGACAAUCAGAUAAAAAUUGAUACAUUCUGCAGAUUUUUUAUU